CCACUCUCCCGAAUUCUCACUCUUCCAAUCACUCACUCUUAAAUUCACUUUCCUCCAAAUCCACGGGCUUUCCUCUCCAAAUCCAUCAAUGUACCUUCCGAUUACGAGAUCAACUGGAUGAUUUACAUGAUAUAAAUUUCACCUUAGAUAAUUCAACGGCAUCCUCUGCUCCGAGCUCACUGUUCAAGUCUCAUCCAAUUCAACAAGAGAAGAGAUGGGUUCAACAAAUGCCCUAUUCAACCAGCUCAAGACAGCAGAACCCUUCUUUGUUAUAGCAGGUCCCAAUGUGAUUGAAUCAGAGCAGCACAUUCUCUAUAUGGCCAAGCACAUCAAGGCCAUCACUUCGAGACUUGGGUUGCCAUUGGUGUUCAAGUCUAGCUUCGACAAAGCUAACCGGACUUCCUCUAAAUCAUUUCGUGGCCCUGGCUUGACUGAAGGCUUGAAGAUACUUGAAAAAGUGAAAGUUGAAUAUGACAUUCCCGUAAUCACUGAUGUUCACGAAACAAUACAGUGUGAAGCAGUUGGAAGGGUUGCCGACAUAAUUCAGAUACCUGCUUUCCUCUGUCGACAGACAGAUCUGCUAGUUGCAGCUGCUCAGACUGGGAAGAUAAUUAAUAUUAAGAAGGGCCAAUUUUGUGCACCUUCUGUCAUGGUGAAUUCUGCUGAAAAGGUUAGGCUGGCAGGAAAUCCAAAUGUUAUGGUCUGUGAGAGAGGAACGAUGUUUGGCUAUAUGUAUUGUGUUGUAUUUGUCUGCUGUACUUCAGAUGAUUUGAUUGUUGAUCCACGCAACCUGGAAUGGAUGAGGGAAGCCAAUUGUCCAGUGGUGGCUGACAUAACACAUUCAUUACAACAACCUGCAGGAAAAAAGCUGGAAGGAGGUGGCGUUGCCAGUGGAGGUCUCCGUGAAUUAAUACCUUGCAUUGCCAGGACAGCAGUUGCUGUUGGCGUGGAUGGCAUCUUUAUGGAGGUGCAUAAUGACCCCUUAAGUGCUCCAGUUGAUGGCCCAACGCAAUGGCCUCUUCGCCAUUUCGAGGAACUGUUAGAAGAGCUUGUGUCAAUUGCUAAGGUUAGCAAGGGGAAGCAACAGUUUAGAAUUGAUCUCUCCCCAUUUCAAGAUUAGAGAGGUUUCUGAAAUUUCUCUAAGCAAAAGCCUCUGGAGUCCUAAGCAUGCUUCAGUUGCUAGAGUAGCAGCAUAUGGAUGAGAGGUGCUGGGAGAAUCAUUCCUGAGGGGACAGGAAUGGCCCUUGCGAUGAUUCAAAUGUACGCUUGGCAAUAUGUUGAAUAAUUAUAAGAAUGUGUCUUUAGAUAAUUUGUGGAAGCAUAUAUUUGUGGUAGAAGAUUAGAACAGUGGGAAGCAAAAUCUCUGCACACAGAGUUGCCUAAACUAUGGGGGAGUAGUUAUUUAGAGGGCCUCUUUUUUCUUUUCUUUUUUUUUCUAAUUUUUUUCAUUUUUGCCCUCUUGCUUUCAUGUGGAAAUGGAUGAUUCAAACCCCCCCCCACCCCGCGCGCGGGGCCGGGUAGGGGAAAAAAGAGAGAGACGCCAUGAAAUUCUUUUU